GGCCAGAGCAGCAGUCACAGCACACCGACCUAACUCGAUCAAGGUGGCGAGAUUAGGAACAUUUUAUUGGUACCGGGAUCCUUUGAGCAAUAUUUUUGGAGACCAGUAUGGCCUACCAGUGGAAAGGACUGUUUUCAUGUCAUACACCACUUUCACAUGCUCUACUAUGCAUAAUUUGGUUUGCUAUCAUGCAUCAAGUUUCAGCUAGCAGUAGGAAAACACAUUCUUCAGAGGACUUGAUAAGUGGUCUUGUUAUGCAGGCCGAUGCCCCUAAUAUCAAUGAUGUUUCUCCGCUCUGCUUGUACGAACUUCAGAAGUUGCAGAAUGAAACGGAAGAAUUGGUGCCAGUUGUGGAUUCAUUUGGCAAACCUGCAUCAGGAAUCCUGGCUGGUAACUUGGCCUGGUUGGGCCACUUUGAUCAAUGUAUGGAGAUUGAGAGCUAUCGACAUUGUCUAGUGGGAAUGCAGGCCAACCUCACAACGCUCUUUGGUUUCUCAACGGUCCUUCCAAUCCAAUGGGGUGUGUGUGCCCCAGAGGCAUGUAGUGAAGAAGAUGUGAGAAAUAGUCUUGAACUUUUACUAGGUAUUUUGGAUGUUCCUUGGUUGUCCAUUAGAAACAUGUUGACUUCAGCUGUUCAUUGCACAGAGAAACCUAACACUGACUUCAAUAUUGGCUUCAUCAUGGCCUGUGUCCUUAUCAGCACACUAUUUGCUUUGACGAUACUGGGCUCUGUGGUAGACUAUUGCCUUAAGAGGUCAUCUGAAGUCAACCGCUGUAAUCCCAUAGGUGAAGCCAAUGGAGGUCAUGAGGUCAAAGGUCAAGGGUCACAGCAACAGCAAAGUGGCAACGCAUCCAACCUCUACGAUCAGUUAGCUGUCGAUCAUGAGGAUGGAAAUAAGAUAGCUAUUGAAAAGGAUGAAAAAACACCUCUUUUGACCUCGGGAGUACCGGCCUCCACAUCCAAUAGUGUGGUCUCUGUUGAUAUAAAGCACAAGAAAACCCCAAAUAUAGUAACGAGGAUAGUGCUAUGUUUUGCAUUGACUCGUAACCUUCCUAAGCUUCUCAACACCAAGCAGGCAGAGGGCGGCAUACCUUGUCUGAAUGGAAUCCGAGUCAUCAGUAUAUCGUGGGUCAUAUUGGGUCACACGUUGGGCUUCAUACUACAGGCCCAAGCAAACGAGAAUUUAAUAUCAGUCCUACCUAGAUGGUUGGAUGUCUUUGCGUUCCAAGCCAUCGCCAAUGCAUUUUUGUCGGUAGAUACCUUUUUCUUUCUGAGUGGCCUACUCCUGACUUUUCACACAUUGAAGAGAAUGAAAGAGACCGGAGGAAAGAUACCUUGGCUCUGGUUCUACAUCCAUAGAUACAUCAGGUUAACACCGACCCUUGCUCUUCUGAUCCUAGUGUUGACCUUGGUGUUUCAGAACCUCAACCAAGGUCCAGUUUGGUUCAAGUACGACCAAAUUCUUGGAUUCUGCCAGAAAUAUUGGUGGACCGAUCUACUCUACAUCAAUAACUUUGUACCGGAUGGCCAGAAAGAUUGUGUAUCCUGGGGAUGGUACUUGGCCAAUGAUAUGCAGUUCUUCAUCAUUAGUCCUCUCUUCAUCCUGCCUUUAUUCUGGUUCCCUGUACUUGGUAUGAUUGCAUUAGCUGUAACCUGUGCUGCUAGCUUCAUUACAAUCUCAGUAUUGGUUUAUCAGAAUGAUUUUCUACCAGGGUUAUUUCUCUCUGUUGCAGGAUUUUUUGCCAGUGGCUCUGGGGCAAACUUGAAUGUGAACCUUGCUUUUCAGAAAAUGAUAUAUGUGAAACCUUACUGCCGCAUCCCGCCGUACUUGGUUGGCAUGGCGAUGGGAUACUUCAUUUAUGAGAUGGAGAGUCGUCGGAGAAGGAUCAAGUUGUCACCGGUAUUGGCAGCUACAGGUUGGGCCAUAUCAGCAGGUCUCGGUGUAGUGGUAGUCUACGGUCUAUACAACGCAAACAGAGGGGUAUCUAACCCAACCACUGCUGCCAGCAUAGCUUACAACAGCCUCUCCACAUUCACCUGGGCUAUCGCACUCUGCUGGGUAGUGUUUUCAUGUCACUAUGGCUACGCGGGGAUCAUCAAUGACUUUUUGAGCUGGUCUUUCUGGGUUCCUCUGAGUCGGUUGACAUACGCUGCAUACCUCUUCCACCCGGUUGUCAUGUAUACCUACAGCUAUGCCCAGGCCGUGCCUUUUCAUUGGUCUAUGGUUACUUUGAUCUACAUGUUUGCAUCAUUCCUACUCUUGAGUCAUGUUGUUGCCUUGCUGGUGACGCUCAUCCUAGAGUUCCCGAUUGGCAACCUAGAGAAGAUGCUUCGACAAGCAGCUUCAGGGAAGUCCAGGGCCAAAGGUCAAAGUGAUACCAAACCAUAGGUUUCCCCUUCAGGAGGCAGCCACAUACAUGUACAAGGUCAAGGGUAAAAUGAUACCAACCUAAAAGUUCCCCUUCAGGAGUCAUGCAAGUACAAGGUCAAGGGUCAAAAUGAUACCAACCUAAAGGUUCCCCUUCAGGAGUCAUGCAAGUACAAGGUCAAGGGUCAAAAUGAAACCAACCUAAAUGUUCCCCUUCAGGUGUCAUGCAAGUACAAGGUCAAGGGCCAAAAUGAUACCAACCUAAAUGUUCCCCUUCGGGAGUCAUGCAAGCACAAGGUCAAGGGUAAAAAUUAUACCAACCUAAAGGUUCCCCUUCAGGAGUCAUGCAAGCACAAGGUCAAGGGUCAAAAUGAUACCAACCUAAAGGUUCCCCUUCAGGAGUCAUGCAAGUACAAGGUCAAGGGUCAAAAUGAUACAAAACCAUAGAGUUCCCCCAUCAUUAACAUUCAGAAGGUAUAGAUUAUUCAGUAUUUGUCUUUAGUAGUUUUCUUGUGAAAUCAAUUUAAUGAUCUGCAAUCUUUUAACCAACAUUUCCUUAGUUUAUAACUGUAUUUUCAUUUAAUUUUUGAAGAUCAUGAGUUUGAGCUGUAAUAUGUUUAAUAAAUAAUGGUUCCCUACCUACUGUUAAUUAGGACAGCAAGGUUAACUACGCAUGUACCAGACAAUGCCAUGCACAUGACUACACAGUUAUACAUGACUACGCUUUUAAACUUGUGUUUAUGCAUUCUUGAAUAUUAUUUUGAUUGUAAAAUCACCAAUUCCUUCAUUCAUUCCAUAAUUCAUUUAAAUUUAUUGUAUUUUGUUGUUGUAUUUUAUAUGAUUUCACAUUAUAUGUUUGUAAUCUUGAUUUGAUGUAUUAUCUAAGUAUGUAACAUUCAGCAAUGACUACUGAUUUUCAAAAGACUACGUAUUAUCUAUCUAUCGAUCUAUCUAUCUAUCUAUCUAUCUAUCUAUCUAUCUGACUGUCUGUCUGUCCGUCGGUUUGUCUAUUAUCUAUGUACCUGUAGUAUCUUUAUUCUCUAUCUACAGUGAAUUCCUUUUAGGCUGACAAUUUAUACAUUAAGCUGUACCAGUCUUUGAUUUCAAAUAUUAUAGGGGGA